GCAGCCUCGCGGGGCCCGGGUACGUAGGUAGACCUGAGAUCCGGGUGGCGCCCCAGGGACGCGCGGCGGCACCGCCUCCAGCCGCGAUUUAAAGGGCAGCGAGGAGCGGAGGGAUCCCUGUCGACUGCUCAACACGGAUCCCUCCGCCGAGAGCGAAGCGAAGCAACGACUCACCUCGUCCCCUCAAAAUUCGCUUUUUGUUCCUCCGCCGCGGAGCACCCGGCGGGGAACUCAUUUCUUUCUCGGGUUUCUCCGCCUCCCCCCACCCCUGGUCCCGUAAAAGCAACAGAGGCGUUCAGAGCGGCACGAGCCGAAGUGGUGUUCCUCCGCCUGGCCGCGGGCACUCCUUUUCGUGUCCUUCCACCGUUCCCGGGCGGCGUCCGAGCGGCUCACCGGGGGCGGCGACGCGUCUGCGGCGCGGGCGGUGAGGCUCCGGGGCUAUGAGGUGAGGGCGCCCAGGCACCGGAGGCGGCACGCGCGGCGCCAGGACCCGGGACGCGGAGGCCCCAGGCCAGCGGCUGCCUUUGGGACCCCGAGGCCGCGCGAGAGGCGAGGAGAGAACAUUGAAAUUAUUCUCUAAGCUAUUUGAAGAGAGUGACUAAAUGCACCUGGGUCAGGCUGUCUGUGGGUAUGAAGUGGUUGGGAGAAUCCAAGAACAUGGUGGUGAAUGGCAGGAGAAAUGGAGGCAAGUUGUCUAAUGACCAUCAGCAGAAUCAAUCAAAAUUACAGCACACGGGAAAGGACACCGUGAAGGCUGGCAAAAACGCAGCCGAGAGGAGGUCAAGCAGAUGUAAUGGUAAUUCAGGAUUCGAAGGACAGAGUCGAUAUGUACCAUCUUCUGGAAUGUCUGCCAAGGAACUCUGUGAAAAUGAUGACUUAGCAACCAGUUUGGUUCUUGAUCCCUAUUUAGGUUUUCAAACACACAAAAUGAAUACUAGCGCCUUUCCUUCGAGGAGCUCAAGGCAUUUUUCAAAAUCUGACAGUUUUUCUCACAACAACCCUGUGAGAUUUCGGCCUAUUAAAGGAAGACAAGAAGAACUAAAGGAAGUAAUUGAACGUUUCAAGAAAGAUGAGCACUUGGAGAAAGCCUUCAAAUGUCUGACUUCAGGAGAGUGGGCACGGCACUAUUUUCUCAACAAGAACAAAAUGCAGGAGAAAUUAUUCAAGGAACAUGUAUUUAUUUACUUGCGAAUGUUUGCAACCGACAGUGGAUUUGAAAUAUUGCCUUGUAAUAGAUAUUCAUCAGAACAAAAUGGAGCCAAAAUUGUUGCAACAAAAGAGUGGAAACGAAAUGACAAAAUAGAAUUACUGGUGGGUUGUAUUGCCGAACUUUCAGAAAUUGAGGAGAACAUGCUACUUAGACAUGGAGAAAACGACUUCAGUGUCAUGUAUUCCACAAGGAAAAACUGUGCUCAGCUCUGGCUUGGUCCUGCUGCAUUUAUAAACCAUGAUUGCAGACCUAACUGUAAGUUUGUGUCAACUGGUCGAGAUACAGCAUGUGUGAAGGCCCUAAGAGAUAUUGAACCUGGAGAAGAAAUUUCUUGUUAUUAUGGAGAUGGGUUUUUUGGAGAAAAUAAUGAGUUCUGCGAGUGUUACACUUGUGAAAGACGGGGAACUGGUGCUUUUAAAUCCAGAGUGGGACUGCCUGCGCCUGCUCCUGUUAUCAAUAGCAAAUAUGGACUCAGAGAAACAGAUAAACGUUUAAAUAGGCUUAAAAAGUUAGGUGACAGCAGCAAAAAUUCAGACAGUCAAUCUGUCAGCUCUAACACUGAUGCAGAUACCACUCAGGAAAAAAACAAUGCAACUUCUAACCGAAAAUCUUCAGUUGGUAUGAAGAAGAACAGCAAGAGCAGAGCAUUAACAAGGCAGUCCAUGUCAAGAAUUCCAGCUUCUUCCAACUCUACCUCAUCUAAGCUAACUCCUAUGAAUAAUUCCAGGGUACCAAAGAAACUGAAAAAACCUGCAAAGCCUUUACUUUCAAAGAUAAAAUUAAGAAAUCAUUGCAAACGGCUGGAGCAGAAGAGUGCUUCGGGAAAACUCGAAAUGGGAAACUUAGUACUUAAAGAGCCUAAAGUAGUUCUGUACAAAAAUUUGCCCAUUAAAAAAGAUAAGGAGCCAGAGGGACCAGUCCCGGCCGCGGUGGCCAGUGGGUGCUUAACUAGACACGCCGCGAGAGGGCACAAGCAGAACUCCGGGCGAGGCGCCCCUGCGCACGUGGAGGGCGCCCCCUGCGCCUACACAACCAGGCGGUCCGUGAGGACGAGGGUGAAUUUGAAGGAGACCUCCGACAUCAAGCUUGAACCAAAUACGUUGGAUGGCUACAAAAGCAGCUUGACGGAACCUUGCCCAGACAGUGGCGAGCAACCAGCCCCUGCGGUGCAGGAAGAAGAACUGGCUCAUGAAGCUGCACAGGAGGGGGAGGCCAAGUGUCCUAAGAGUGACAGCAGCACGUCAAAAAAGAAGUCACGGCAAGGGAAACUGGUGAGACAGUUGGCAGAAGCAGAGGAGUCCGCUGCGGUGCGCGAUUCCCCUGGCAGAGCUGGCGUGGGGCGAGAGGGGGUGGGGUCCCACCCUGACCAGGGCGAGCACAGCAGCCUGGAGGGCGUGCCCGGGAGCUACACGGACUGGCCCCCUUCUCCUGUUAGUGGCUCUGUGGUCGCAUCAGACAGCUUCAAAACAAAAGACAGCUUCCGAACUGCAAAAAGUAAAAAGAAGAGGCGGAUCACUAGGUAUGAUGCACAGUUAAUCCUAGAAAAUAACUCUGGGAUUCCCAAAUUGACUCUUCGUAGGCGUCAUGACAGCAGCAGCAAGACAAAUGACCAAGAGAAUGAUGGAAUGAAUUCUUCAAAAAUAAGCAUCAAGUUAAGUAAAGACCAUGAAAAUGAUAAUAAUCUCUAUGUAGCAAAGCUUAAUAAUGGAUUUAACUCAGGAUCAGGCAGUAGUUCUACAAAACUAAAAAUCCAGCUAAAACGGGACGAGGAAAGUAGGGGGUCGUAUACAGAGGGGCUUCACGAAAAUGGGGUGUGCUGUAGUGAUCCUCUUUCUCUCCUGGAGUCCCGCAUGGAAGUCGAUGACUACAGUCAGUAUGAGGAGGAAAGUACCGAUGAUCCCUCCUCUUCGGAGGGAGAUGAAGAGGAGGAUGAUUAUGAUGAUGACUUUGAAGAUGACUUCAUCCCUCUUCCUCCAGCUAAGCGACUGAGGCUCAUAGUCGGGAAAGACUCUAUAGAUAUUGACAUUUCUUCCAGGAGAAGAGAAGAUCAGUCUUUGAGGCUUAACGCAUAGUAAGCUCUUGGUCUUAAUUUGACCCGGGAUAACUACUUUAAAGAAAUAAACAAUUCCAGUCAAUUACUCCUCAACUGAAAACAUUUUAGGGGCAGCGCUUCUGUUGUCUUUUCACUUAUCACCAUAAUACUGUAGAAAGUGUACAGCGUACUGACUCUUCUUAAAAGUCUGAUUUGUGCAAAUUUUUAUUGUACUUUUUAAAUAGCCUUCUUAUGUGCAAUUCUGAGUUAGAGGUAAAGCCCUGUUGUAAAAUAAAGGCUCAAGCAAAAUUGUACAGUGAUAGCAACUUUCCACACAGGACGUUGAAAACAAUAAUGUGGCUACACAGUUUUCUUUUUUUUAACUUUAAGAGCAUCAACUGGCUCUUUAAUAUAUGACUAAAAAAUAAUUUAAAACAAAUCAUAGUAGCAGCAUAUUAAGGUUUUCUAGUAUAUGCUAAUAUCACCAGCAAUGUUCUUUGGCUUAUUGAUUUAUUUGCUAGAUGUUUCCCCCUUGGAGUUUUGUCAGUUUCACAGUUUGCUGGCCCAGGUGUACUGUUUGUGACCUUGGUUAAGGUUAAAUAGCAGACCAUCGGUCGGGUGGGAGUGAAAUUGGUUUCUUUAAAAAAAAAAAAAAAAGUACAAUUACAUGCGUGACAGCUAACUUUUCAUUCAGUACGUUAUA